GGUUCAACCGCCAUUGGAUCGUCAAUCUCUAUUCUCUAUUCUCUAGUACCCAGCCCAGCAGAUAAACCUAAACCUACCUCAUAUGUAAGCGGGCGAUUUGUUGACAAUUUGAAACUGUGAAAAACCCUUAUUCUUAAAAACAGUUGUUCCUUCUCCAAUCGGAUUAGGAUUGGGAUUCAAAUCCUGAACAAUAAAAACUUCACUCCUUGCUCUUCUAUUCAUUACCCAAUUACCCUGAUUCAACUCCUUCUGCGCGCUCUCGCCUCGCACUUCCAACUUUGCUUCCAGUCUCACGCCUCUCCCGUUAUUGUCGCCUUCAUCCAAUCAGUUUCUUGAGGGGUCAAGAAGUAGAAGACUUAUUUUGCUGAUAUUGAGGAACAUGCAGAAACCUGUAGAGGGAGAGGUUACUGGACCAAUAGACCUUGACAAGACAACUACUACUUUGGAACCUGAUGGCGCCAGUGGUGGUGGUUUAUAUAUUCCUGGGAAGGAUCGUGUUGUUUUUAGACCUCCAGAGCGGAAAUCACUUCUUGGGCUAGAUGUGCUUGCAAGUGCGAAAAGAGGAGGAUCUACAAUAGAGAAUUCAUUUAAAGUUCCAAGGGAAAGAGUAGCUACUGUUGUGUCAGCUAUAGAUGAAGAGACUUCUACUGAGACUGGACAAUUAGAAGAUGUUCCAUCUAGAGGUUCACGCAGUCACACGAGUAGACGUUAUCGUGAUUCUGUUGCCAGCGAGACUUCUAUCUCAGGGAUUACAGUUACUGAAGAAGGACGAGAGAAUGAGACAGUCUUGAGGCCUCGCUCUGAUGAAGACUAUCAGGUUCCAACUCCAUCUACUGGAAGAUCAAGGACUAAGAGUUCAUCCCAUGAUUUUGAUUAUGGGAGGGAAAGGAAGUCCCGGGAUGACUAUAGGAGCAAAAGCAGGGAGGUAAAGAGAGAUAGAACUGAUGGGGAAGAGCAUCGCCAUAGGGAAUCAUCACGCAAUCAUGGAAAAGAAUACAAUGAUGACAGCAGAAGAAAAAGAAGUAGAUAUGAAAGCCCCAGGAAUACACGUGGAAGAUCUGACUGGGAUGAUGGCAGAUGGGAGUGGGAAGAUACACCUCGUCGAGAUAGUUCCUCCUAUAGUAGCAGCCGACGCCAUGAACCUUCACCAUCCCCAAUGUUUAUUGGGGCCUCUCCUGAUGUGCGACUUGUUUCCCCGUGGUUGGGAGGCCAUACACCUCGUUCUGGAGCUGCUUCUCCUUGGGACAGUGUGGCUCCAUCUCCAACUCCAAUACGAGCAUCUGGUUCUUCUGUAAGAUCUUCAGGUUCCCGAUAUGGUGGAAAAUCCAGUCGGCUUUCUUCUUCUGCUAAUGCUGCUCAAUUGUCUGAGGAUGAUGGAGACGAUAGAAUUCGUGGAUCUGAAGACGACAAUCAGGGGAUGGAGAUCACUGAAAGUAUGCGUCUAGAGAUGGAGUACAAUUCUGAUCGUGCCUGGUAUGAUAGAGAAGAAGGCAGCACUGUGUUUGACACGGAUAGAUCCGCACUGUUUUUAGGUGAUGAGGCCUCUUUUCAGAAAAAAGAGGCAGAGUUGGCCAAAAGACUGACUCGAAAGGAUGGCACUAAGAUGUCACUUUCCCAGAGUAAGAAGCUAUCACAGCUAACUGCAGACAAUGCACAGUGGGAAGACCGUCAGCUUCUGAGAUCUGGAGCUGUUAAAGGCACUGAGGUGCAAACAGAAUUUGAUGACGAGGACGAAAGGAAGGUUAUCCUUCUUGUUCAUGAUACAAAACCCCCUUUUCUGGAUGGAAGGAUUGUCUUCACAAAGCAAGCUGAACCAGUAAUGCCAAUCAAGGACCCCACAUCAGAUAUGGCCAUAAUAUCUCGCAAAGGCUCAGUUCUUGUUCGUGAAAUACAUGAAAAACAAAGCAUGCAUAAAUCUCGUCAACGAUUUUGGGAACUUGCUGGGUCAAAACUUGGUGAUAUCUUAGGAGUUGAAAAAACAGCUGAACAGGUUGAUGCAGAUACUGCUGCAGUGGGUGAACAAGGUGAGGUUGAUUUCAAGGAAGAAGCUAGGUUUUCACAACAUUUAAAGAAAGGGGAAGCAGUAAGCGACUUUGCAAAAUCCAAUACAAUCUCACAGCAAAGGCAGUAUUUGCCCAUUUUUUCUGUCCGCGACGAGUUACUGCAGGUGGUUCACGAAAAUCAGAUUGUGGUGGUUGUUGGAGAAACUGGUUCAGGGAAGACAACACAAUUGACCCAGUACUUACAUGAAGAUGGCUUUACAACAAAUGGGAUAGUUGGUUGUACCCAACCAAGGCGUGUCGCAGCUAUGAGUGUUGCAAAAAGAGUUAGUGAAGAAAUGGAAACUGAUCUUGGUGAGAAAGUAGGAUAUGCUAUUCGCUUUGAAGAUGUGACUGGGCCUAACACUGUUAUCAAGUACAUGACAGAUGGUGUGCUUCUACGUGAGACACUGAAAGAUUCUGAUCUUGAAAAAUAUCGUGUUGUUGUAAUGGACGAGGCACAUGAGAGAUCAUUGAACACUGAUGUGCUGUUUGGAAUACUUAAAAAGGUUGUUGCCCGGCGGCGUGAUUUUAAACUUAUCGUGACAUCUGCCACACUCAAUGCUCAGAAAUUUUCUCACUUUUUCGGAAGUGUACCAAUAUUCAACAUUCCUGGGAGAACAUUUCCAGUUCAAAUCAUGUAUAGCAAAAGCCCUUGUGAAGAUUACGUAGAGGCUGCAGUAAAACAGGCUAUGACCAUCCACAUAACUAGUGCACCAGGUGAUAUACUCAUAUUUAUGACCGGUCAAGAUGAGAUUGAAGCUACUUGUUAUGCACUUCAAGAGCGAAUGGAACAGUUAGUCUCCUCAGCAAAACAGGCUGUACCGAAGCUACUUAUUCUUCCUAUUUACUCCCAACUGCCAGCUGAUUUGCAGGCUAAGAUAUUCCAGAAGGCCGAAGAAGGAGAGCGCAAAUGUAUUGUUGCCACAAAUAUUGCUGAGACAUCCUUAACUGUUGAUGGAAUUUUUUAUGUUAUUGAUACUGGUUACGGUAAGAUGAAGGUGUACAAUCCACGAAUGGGUAUGGAUGCUCUCCAAGUUUUCCCUGUCAGUCGUGCAGCAGCAGACCAGCGUGCUGGGCGAGCUGGUAGAACUGGGCCCGGUACUUGUUACCGACUUUAUACUGAGAAUGCAUACCAGAAUGAAAUGUUGCCAAGCCCUGUACCCGAAAUUCAGAGGACGAAUCUUGGCAAUGUAGUAUUGCUGCUCAAGUCGCUCAAGAUUUCAAAUUUGUUAGAUUUUGAUUUUAUGGAUCCUCCUCCUCAGGAAAACAUACUCAACUCCAUGUAUCAGCUGUGGGUAUUGGGUGCACUCAAUAAUGUAGGGGAUCUAACUGAUCUUGGUUGGAAAAUGGUGGAGUUUCCAUUGGACCCUCCUCUUGCAAAGAUGCUUUUGAUGGGGGAACAACUAGAAUGCCUAAAUGAAGUUCUCACCAUUGUAUCGAUGCUUUCGGUACCUUCAGUUUUCUUUAGACCCAAGGAUAGGGCAGAGGAGAGUGAUGCUGCUAGGGAGAAAUUUUUUGUACCGGAAUCCGAUCAUCUCACCCUGCUGAAUGUCUACCAACAAUGGAAGGCGAACCAGUACCGAGGUGAUUGGUGUAAUGACCAUUUCUUGCACGUCAAAGGUUUGCGCAAAGCUAGGGAGGUUAGAUCUCAACUGCUGGAUAUACUGAAGACCCUCAAAAUUCCACUUACCUCAUGUGGCCCCGAUUGGGACAUCGUGAGAAAGGCAAUCUGUUCUGCAUAUUUUCAUAAUUCAGCUAGACUCAAGGGGGUGGGUGAAUAUGUGAAUUGCAGGAAUGGAAUGCCAUGUCAUCUGCAUCCCACUAGUGCACUGUAUGGGCUGGGUUAUACACCCGAUUACGUGGUUUAUCACGAGUUGAUCUUAACAACGAAGGAGUAUAUGCAGUGUGUGACCGCAGUGGAGCCUCAGUGGUUAGCGGAGCUGGGACCCAUGUUUUUCUCUAUCAAGGAGUCGGAUACAUCCAUGUUAGAACACAAAAAGAAGCAAAAGGAAGAAAAAACCGCCAUGGAAGAAGAAAUGGAGAAUUUGAGGAAGGUGCAAGCAGAGAUUGAUAGAAGAAACAAGGAGAAGGAGAGGAAGAAGAGGGAGAGGCAGCAACAACAAGUUUCAAUGCCUGGGUUGAAGCCCAAGACUUCUACUUACCUUAGACCUAAGAAACUUGGGCUGUAAGUGUAUAACAUUUCAUGUGAUGAUUUUUGACAUGUAUUCAUUGACGGCUUGUAAGUUGUGUAAGGAAGGAAGGAUCAUUACACUUGGUAGUAUUCAACUGUUAGUACAGUUUUUAACUAUGAAUCAACUCAGGGAACUGAAUUUGUAAUA